GGAGUCAGUCGACCUGAAUCCCCGAGAGGAGCAAUGGCUCUAACAACGCUGCUCUUGCUGGUGGCGGCCGCCCUGACCCUGAUCGAGACCCGCGCGGGCCCACACUCGCUGCGGUAUUUCCACACUGCUGUGUCCUGGCCCGGCCUCGUGGAGCCCCGGUUCAUUAUCGUCGGCUACGUGGACGACACGCAGUUCGUGCGCUUCGACAGCGACGCGGAAAAUCCGAGGAUGGAGCCGCGGGCGCGGUGGAUGGAGCAGGAGGGGCCGGAGUAUUGGGAGCGGGAGACACAGAAAGCCAAGGGCCAUGAGGAGAGUUUCCGAGUGAGCCUGAGGACCGCACAGAGAUACUACAACCAGAGCAAGGGCGGCUCUCACACACUCCAGUGGAUGUAUGGCUGUGACGUGGGGUCCGACGAGCGCCUCCUCCGCGGGUACCUGCAGUUCGCCUAUGAAGGCCGCGAUUACAUCGCCCUGAACGAAGACCUGAAAACCUGGACGGCGGCGGACAUGGCUGCACAGAUCACCCUACACAAGUGGGAGCAGGCUGGUAUUGCAGAGAGAGACCGGGCCUACCUGGAGGGCGCUUGCGUGCAGUCGCUCCGCAGAUACCUGCAGCUCCGGAAGGAGACGCUGCUGUGCACAGAUCCCCCAAAGGCACAUGUGACCCAUCACCCCAGGUCUUAUGGUGCUGUCACCCUGAGGUGCUGGGCCCUGGGCUUCUACCCUGCUGACAUCACCCUGACUUGGCAGUUGAAUGGGGAGGAGCUGACCCAGGACAUGGAGCUUGUGGAGACCAGGCCUGCAGGGGAUGGAACCUUCCAGAAGUGGGCAUCUGUGGUGGUGCCUCUUGGGAAGGAGCAGAAUUACACAUGCCAUGUGAACCAUGAGGGGCUGCCUGAGCCUCUCACCCUGAGAUGGGAGCCUCCUCCAUCCACUGUCUCCAACAUGGCGAACGUAGCUAUUCUGGUUGUCCUUGUAGCUUGGCCAUCAUUGGAGCUGUGGUGGAUUUUGUGAUGAAGAGAAGGAGACACACAGGUGGACAAGGAGGGGACUAUGCUCUGGCUCCAGGCAGGGACAGCUCCCAGAGCUCUGAUAUGUUUCUCUCAAGAUUGUAAAGGUGACAUUCUAUGGCCUGAUUGCAGAGGGGCACUGUGGACAUGGUUGUGUUUCAGGGACUCCCACAAUCCCCUAGAACAGUGUCUGAUGUUCCCUGUGAGCCUAUGGGCUCAAUGUGAAGAAUUGUGGAGCCCAGCCUUCGCCUACACACCAGGACCCUGUCUCUGCAUUGCCCUGUGUUCCCUUCCACCGCCAACCUUCCUGGUCUGCAGUGGAAACUAAGGGUUCUUUGGAAAGUCGGUUGGAUGGCGUUGUGCUGGGGCAAACACAUGAAGGAGUGUUUCCUUAAAGUGGAUACAGGUGUGAAAUCCUAAGGCCGACUCCUGAAGGAACAUUUCACUGAAGCAGACACAGGAGAGAGGAUGUUCUGUUAAACAAGCAUGUGAAAGGAUGCGUGAUGAAGGAUUCUUUGCUAAAGACACACUUAUAUUGGUCUGCCUUACAUUGUGUAGUGGAGCUGCAUUGGUCGGGGCGCCAUAGAGAGAAACGCACCCAAAAAUUCUGAUAGUAUUCUGCAGUUGAUGCUUCCAAGGACAUGAGCUUAUUGGAUGCCUGUGCUGAGGCAAGACGCUUGGAGGACACAUGAUGACUGGAGAGUAUAAAUAGGACUCCAUGGAGUGACUGAGACAGAGUUUGCCUUGCUGGUACAGUGUGUGUCUUGUGUCUUCACUGUUCUUCACUUCCAUAAGAGAGGUACAGCAAAGAACUUCUCCUGGUAUUCCUGCUGGUCCUUCCUGCUGGCCCUAGCUGAGGCCUGGCUGUCUCUGCUAGGUCCUAUCACUUCUGUUGCUAACCUGACUCUACUGAACUGAACAACUGCUAUAUCCCUGAGGUGUUUUCAAGUGGAUGGAGCUGCCACUGCUGACCUGUGAAUUGAACUGCCAACGUCCAGACAACUCACAUGAGAGUUGCUCCCAAGUGUAGUCUCCCCUCCCCCAGCCUGAAACCUGCUUGCUCAGGGGUGGAGCUUCCUGCUCAUUCGUUCUGCCACGCCCACUGCUAGAACCUGCGGAGCCACACACGUGCACCUUUCUACUGGACCAGAGAUUAUUCGGCGGGAAUCGGGUCCCCUCCCCCUUCCUUCAUAACUAGUGUCGCAACAAUAAAAUUUGAGCUUUGAUCAGAAUGGA